CCUGCAGCUGUCGCCAGCCUGGGUCUGAGCCUUUCCACAGCAUCCACCAAGCGAAAAUAUUUUUUACUGACAAACCGUUGCCUUUGUUAUCUCAUCUCUCCUUACAUUGCUUUCACAGAGUGGGAGACAGCAGCUGGACAAGCAGCCAUGACUAGAGUGCUGGUCUCUGUGGUGGUCGUUCUGUGGGCCUCGGUGACCAUCAGCGAUGGCUGCAGCUGUAUCUCAGAGGUUCCUCUCCACAUGUAUUGCCAGAAAGACAUGAUAAUUAAAGGAACAGCCGUGUCAGAAUUCAAGGAAGGUCCGACAACAGAUAUAGCAGACUCCUUUGUGUUGGAUCAGUUUUCUGACUGGAUUUACACCAUACAAGUGGACCAAGUCUUCUGGGCCAAACAGGAAUUCGCGAACUUGACAACAAUAACAGUCAAGACAGCUGUUGCCGAAAGUCUGUGCGGCAUUCGCUUUGCACUCGAUAUUCCCUAUGUCUUCUUUGUCUACGGCUACGAUGGAAUAUUCUGGACCGGACUUUGCGAUCAAAACACUCCGUGGGACAGGUUGGAUGCAGAAGACAAGGACUAUAUCUCGACUGUCAUCCCAGACCACUGCACAGCCACUGCUGCUGGCACACAGCCGUGAUUGGACACGUCUGUCACGUGACAAGACCGCGAGCGUGGCCUCCCUGUGACACUUACUGUGCUGAUGUCGCGGUGUAUCGCGCUUUGCAAUAAAGUUUUGCUUACCUGUAA